AUGGAGUACGUGAGCAAAUACACCCACCUGCGGAAUGAAUCUGUCUCCUCUCUGGAGGAGGCAGUGGGGGGCCCGGGGGUUUCCCACUCCCCAGUGGAGUCCCCUGCAGGCACACCCGGCUCCUUGUCCAACUCCUCCUCCCUCGGCCCCGCCACUCCCCUCUCUCCUGAGUCGGAGGACAGCCCCACCACCCUUUGCUCCUUCUUCCCCAAAAUGGCCAACCUGAAGCUCUCAAACCCUGCCAACCUGCUCAGCUUGCGGGGCUCCUCAGCCGGCAGCAUCCCAGGGGACACCGGCCUCAGCGCCGCGCUGGCACCGGCACCGGGGGCGGCUGCUGGCCCCGACUCAGCGGGACCUGUCACUGUCUGUCCCCAGGAUAUGAACAAGCUGAGCUGCGGGAAGAAGACGCGGGUGGAAGGGGGCCAGGAUGAAUGGACCCGCCACGGCAGCUUCGUCAAUAAACCCACCCGCGGCUGGCUGCACCCUGAUGACAAGGUCAUGGGCCCCGGGGUCUCCUACCACGUCCGGUACAUGGGCUGCGUGGAGGUCCUUCAAUCCAUGAGGGCUUUGGAUUUCAACACCAGGACGCAGGUCACCAGGGAGGCCAUUGGGCUGGUGUGUGAGGCCGUGCCUGGUGCCAAGGGAGCUGUGCGGAGGAGGAAGCCCUGUGGCCGCUCCCUCAACUCCAUCCUGGGCAAGAGCAACCUGAAGUUUGCUGGCAUGCCCAUCACCCUGACCAUCUCCACCAGCAGCCUCAACCUCAUGGCUUCUGACUGCAAGCAGAUCAUUGCCAACCACCACAUGCAGUCCAUCUCCUUUGCCUCGGGGGGAGACCCGGACACAGCCGAAUACGUCGCCUACGUUGCCAAAGACCCCGUCAACCAGAGAGCCUGCCACAUCCUGGAGUGCCCUGAGGGCCUGGCACAGGAUGUUAUCAGCACCAUUGGACAGGCCUUCGAGCUGCGUUUCAAGCAGUACCUGAAAAACCCCCCAAAGCUGGUGACACCCCAUGACAGGAUGGCUGGGUUUGAUGGUUCUGCCUGGGAUGAGGAAGAGGAGGAACCAGCCCCUGAUCACCAGUACUACAACGACUUCCCUGGCAAGGAGCCUCCCAUUGGGGGGGUUGUGGACAUGCGGCUGCGAGAUGGGGCUGCUCAGACCCCCAGUCACCUGGGGGCCACGCUGCCUGUUGGCCAGGUGUCCGGCGGGGAGUACGACCCCCGGAAGCAGCACCCGCCUGCCCAAGCUGGGGUGUGGGCUAGAGCCCUCAGCAGCAGGGAGAAAUACCUGGUCCCAACAGGUGCCUCAGGCCGCACAGACCUGUUUGAUGACCCGUCCUACGUCAACGUGCAGAACAUGGACAAGACACGCCAAGCGUCGGCCACGGGCGCCCCCGCUACGGCCAACGGCAGCGCCCAGAGGGACCUCUUUGACAUGAAGCCCUUUGAAGACGCCCUGCGUGUCCCCACAUCCGUGCCCAUGGGGCUGCCCCCUGCCCAGGUGGUGGCCUCCAUGGAGGAGCAGCUGAGACGGGAGCCCUGGUACCACGGGAAGAUGAACCGCAAGGAGGCCGAGAAGCUUCUGAAGGUGAACGGAGAUUUUCUGGUGCGGGAGAGCACCACCACCCCGGGCCAGUACGUGCUGACCGGCCUGCAGGGCGGGCAGCCCAAGCACCUCCUGCUCGUCGAUCCUGAGGGAGUGGUGAGUCCUCCUAAGGUGCCAGGGACAGAGCUUGGCAUAGCUGGGGAGGCCCUGCAGGUUACAAAGAGCUUCAUCGUGGAAAUGGGGGGGUGGCUCUGGGCUGUUCCCAUGGCGGAGAAAUCGGAUUCCCGGGAUUCCGAGAGCAGCUGGGUGCUGGCAGGGCGCGAGGCUCUGCCCGUCACCACAGUCGGUCCAGAGCAGGAUUCGACCUUCCCUGGGGCUGAGGAUGAGCUGGAGGAGGAUGAGGAGGAGGAGGAAGGCUCCCAGGACACUGUCACGGAAGAGUGUUGGGACCCUGGGGUCGGGGCUGUGCCCACGCCAGAUGGCUCUACAGAGCCCGAUGUGCUGGAUGGCCAGGAGCAGGAGCAGCCUGAGGCUGAGCUGGGACCCUGCCCUGACAUCCCCAAAGCAGGGCCACCAACAGAGGAGGGGAGCUGCACCAGCAGUGAUGAGGACACGGAGGGGCUGCGGCGGCAGCAGAGCCAGGAGCCCCGUCCUACCCCUGCCCCGCAGCAGGGGGCACUGGACGCUGGUGCUGAGGACGGGCUGAGCUUGAACAAGUACCUGCUGGGUGUCCUGGCGCUGGUGGCCAUGGGGCUGCUGAUCGUCACCGGUGGCAUCUAUGACCCGGUGGAUG